AUGGACAACAUCGAAGAGGAAUAUGACCGGCUCGUUGAACACCUUCACAACUGCGCGAAGAAGGCUGAGAGUUUUAAAACCACCAAGAGACGCUUGUCUCUUGAAACUCUUGAGCUGAUACGCCAGCGUGGAGAAGCACGAGCCGCAGGGAACCAAGAACUCAAGUCCGAGUUCGCAAGGCUUUGCAGAGAGGCGAUAAAGGAAGACCUUAAAGAGAAAAGAGCAGAAGUGCUGGCUGAUGCUGCAGAGGUGGGGAAAAGCAUCCGCUAUGCCCGUCGAGACUUCGCCAGUUGCAAGACAAAGAUGACUGCUCUCCGGAACCCGAAGGGAACAACCACUGCAUCGAGAAGGGAGUUUAAGAAAAUCAUCUACGACUUCUACCUGAUCUCUUCGACAACCAUGUGCACUUGCCUCCUCACCAUCUGA